UGUGACUCUUACUGCAGAAACUGCGAGUGUCCACAAGACGACGAAAGAGGUUGGUUGAUUCGCCAUCUCCUCAAGGAGGCAUAAGAAAACGAACGCCAGUGAAACUCUAUAGCCCAUUUGCCAUCGAAUCCCCAGUCAGCCGGACUCACACCCACUACUUCACUCCUCGAAGGGAAGAGAAGGAGAACCCCAAAAGAACAUCACCCAGGCUGAAGAAGGAAUUAGGCCCUGCAUUUCAAGGUCCCAAGGUUUACAGCCCAAGCAAGGCUUUGCACAGGGACAUACAAGACCUGCAAAAGGGACUUGCAGAAUUGGAGGGCUUGGCCAUCACAAUCAAAAAGAGACCUGAGAUUUCGGACAAUAGGUCCAGGUCACCCGCGUUGGAAUCGUCCAACAACCAUGUGGAGUCCAGUUUGCACUGUUUUCCCUCCCUUGCGUACAUGUGGUCGGACGUCUCGCUCAGUCGUCCGCUUCCUCCUUCGGAAUUACUGGGUUCCAAGAUUGCUGAUGUGGUCCCCACCAACGUGACAACACCAUCCUUUUCUGACCUCGAGAGAGGCGGCAGCGAGGAGCUCGAGACGCUUCCUUUGGUCUGCAUCAAGCACAAGAGUUGGAGGAAGAGAGCAUUGAGAACGGUCUGGGACUUGACACCCUGUUCCCUCGGCAGGGGAGCAUUAAUGGACUCUGCAGGACCAAUGGGCGUCGUCCCAUCCAUUCCCAGGGACCUCCUCAACUCCGCGUUCUCCUCUUCUAAUGCCUCUUUCACCUUUUUCCUCCUCGGGCACUCCAUCUCCUCGUCCUCGAUCUCUCUCUUCACGACGGGAGACGACGGGAAUUCCACCACUCGGACGGGGCACGAAGGCCCCUUCGGCACGAUCAAGAUCGUCUUCAUCUCUGAGACUCGCCUGACCAAGGCCUCGAACGUUUCUGAUCGGGUGGAGGGAUCGCGACCCGCUUUUUCACCGUCCCUUCUUCCAUCCCUUCGGGAUGGGGUCAGCUCCACGCAAUGCCUCCUACGGAACUCCGUCGUGGCAGUCCGUCAUUGGAAUGGCUCCGGACGUGGUGCUCUCCCAUUGGCUGGCGGGGCGCUCUUCCGGGGUUCGCGAUCGUAUCAGUCCGCUGCGACGACGCUGUUUAUUCGAGGAUCGAACUGCGUCUUCGUUCCCGAUCUUCGGGCCACGAUAGAACGAAAAUACGCCAUCGUCCAGAAGGAAAGAGACCGAUGCGAUCGAAGGGACUCGUCGCGCCUCGCAUCGGGACCGGCCCCGUUCCUCGUCGGCGCGAAAGGAAGCGAGAUAGGGAUCGCCCGUUCCAGGUGGCAGCCGAGUGGAAAUAGCUGGAAGAAGUGCGAGCGUCUCGUCGGGUCGGUCGUGAGAUGGAACGAGUCGCGGUUUCUCUUACCUCCACGAGAAACUUUUCGUUACUACGUCAUGCCUGCUGUAAAAUCCACGAUUCGAUCGCGGAAAGUGAUGAAAGUAAAGGGGAGGGGAAGGCGAGGCCGCGACCUGGAAGGCAGGCGAGGCCGCGACAUGUAA